CGCCAGCAGUUUGCGCGCUUCUGAUUGGCUGACGGAGCCGCCAUCGGAAAGCACCUGCUCCAUUCUAACAGGCGCGUCGAAGUAGAGACCCAUACACUACUGCUCUUACAGCACGUAGACACUCAGCAAGCGCUCAUCCUCUCAUAUAAAGAUGCUUUCUUCCCGUGUGUUGCUGCGGGGUUUACGGGCUGAGGCCGGGUUGUGGAGAAGCCUGUCCACCUCAACCAGAGCACUGGCUUCACAUGGUCACAGCGUUGAUGUGAUUGACUGUAGCGUUCCUCAGUACAAUAACCGCCUGGAUACACCACUGCCUGAUAUUCCAUUUGUCCGAAACCUCACUGCUGAGCAGAAGAAGCUGAAGGAGAAAGAGAAGGAAUCAUGGACGCAGCUCACCAAGGAGGAAAAACUAGCACUGUACAGACUCACAUUUGAACUGAGCUAUUCAGAGAUGAGGAAGGGCUCUGAUGAGUGGAAGACAGUGCUGGGAGGGAUUUUCUUUUUCCUCGGCUUCACAGGCCUGGUGGUGCUGUGGCAGCGUUUGUAUGUAUACGGUGAUGUUCCGCAUACACUUUCUCCUGAAUGGGUGGAGAAGCAAACCCAGAGGAUGAUCGACAUGAGAGUUAACCCUGUGCAUGGCUUCUCUGUCAACUGGGACUACGAGAAGAAGCAGUGGAAGUAGAAUCCCGCUGUCUAAUGUAAAACCCAGAGCCACUGUUGCCCUAAGGUUCAAAUCUGAACUGUUAUAGUAUGUGCUUUCAGUAUAUAUCAAAUAAACUCUGACUGGAAUUUAA